ACAGUGGUUUGAUGUCAUAUGCACAACAAAUCAAAAUAACAGGAGUAAUGGGGUGUUCUGAUAAAUGUGCACACUACUGUAUAUAUUGAAUCAAUUCUUGCAUCAUUGAUGAUUCAUUGUAUAUAUAAUUCCCCAGAAACACAUUUUAUUUUAAAAGGGGUAAUUGAUUUGGGCCCAGACUGUGUCUGGACAUCAAAACACUUUAGAGACAGGAAGAAGACAGCAAGGCCGAUAGAGAAGUUCAGCCAGGAGCUCACAGACUCAGCAAGACCUCCAUCCAAACAAGACUGCUUGAUUCUGGCCUCAUGGGGAAAACCUGAUGGGGUUUUCUCAUCAUGGGGUAAUUGUCCUGUACUAUGAUUCUCAGACAAAGUUUUAGCAUCUGGUCUCAUUAGAUUUUGAGGUUAAAGAAUGAACUCUGGAGAUUCUAGAUAGCGGUAAUAAAUCUCUGUGAUCUUUGGUAAGGUUCAAAGCCACGCAGUGCUUUCACCUUUACCCUUUCCUAUUACACAAUGAAACUGUAAUGCAAGGGGAGCGGGACGACUGCCUUCGUGGCAUUUUAUGAAGUGAUUACAAAGUCGUGUUUCUUUUUUCUCUGAAUCAACAUUUUCCCAACAAAGCAUAAAAAUGAAAUGGUUAUCUACGGGAUUUAUUACAGUACACUAGAGUAAGGAAAAAAAAGAAAUGCAACCCUUACUUACUACAGAGCUAGUGACAAAAAACAGGGUUUCUUAUUGAAGAACUCCUGCAAGCACCAACAUCAUUUCUCACUAGGUUUGUGCUGUAAUGUAUUAGUUGGGUUUUCUUUUUGUGAUGCAAACUUUGCUCUGAUGCAAAGGCUCAGCAAACCAAGCCUUUGUAUUUUUAGACAUUAGAUAUGAUAUAGAAUUAUCUUUUUUUUAUUAUUUUAUUUCUUAGCAGACGCCCUUAUCCAGGGCGACUUACAAUUGUUACAAGAUAUCACAUUAUUUUUACUUACAAUUACCCAUUCAUACAGUUGUUUUUUUACUGGAGCAAUCUAGGUAAAGUACCUUGCUCAAGGGUACAGCAGCAGUGUCCUCCACCUGGGGUUGAACCCACGACCCCCCGGUCAACAGUCCAGAGCCCUAACCACUACUCCACACUGCUGCCCUGUCUUAGUUAGCAUAAAAAGCAAAUGUACUGAUUGCUAACUGGACAAAUAUCAGUUUCUCCUAAAGGUGGUGACAGCAAAUACCUUUAUUAUAUUUAAACCCCUGCAAGUCAGUGUGCAUGAUAUGGCAACAAAGUAAAAGCACUAAAUUGGAUUGCAUAUUGUUUUAUUGUAAUGUAUAUAUAUACAUAUGUGUAUAUGUAACAGGACGGAGGCUGGGUGCAACGAGCGGCUUCGUGUAUCGCAAGCAAGCGUCUUCAUCACAAUGCAAAAGAGCAAGGCUCGUUGUUGCUGAUCAUUUUACUAGAGUGCAACCUGAUUAUUUCAUGUGUUGUUAUUACCACAAUAAUUGAUCUCAGAGGAACGGGGGUUUAUAUAGUAGAUUUAUAUGAUAGCUGGUGGCUUGUUAAGUAGCACACAUACCUUUAACUAAACUUGGGAAAUUAAAGGACCUUGGCUUUUUAAGGUACCCACAGGCUUACUUAAACAGGUUAUCUUUCACAGAAGACAAAUAUGUUUGACAGUACACUAGCUAGAUGUAACUGUAAUGAGAUGACAGCCCCCCCCCCCUCCUUCUUUAUGCAUUACUAUGCUUUCAAAGGUAUUAUAUUUCUUGUUGUCCUACUGACCCUUGCUAGCAGAUAAAAGUUUUAUCUUGUGAACUUUGUACUAAUACCGUGGAUGUUGGCGUCCCAUAAAAAGGCUCAUAGGAUCUGCUGCAGACAAGCUAGUUUCUCCAGCUGUCUGAACUCGUCUGUGAAAAUGCCUGUUGACUACAAUGGAACGUGGGAGAUGGAAAGCAAUGAAAACUUCGAAGGCUAUAUGAAAGCUCUCGGUAUAGACUUUGCUACACGCAAGAUCGCUCAGCACCUGACUCAAACUAAAGUGCUCUCCCAGAAUGGCGACAAGUUUGAAACAAAAACCCUGAGCACCUUCAGAAACUACGAGUUGAACUAUACAGUCGGGGAAGAGUUUGAGGAGCACACCAAGGGGCUGGACAACAGAGUGGUCAAGACACUGGUGACGUGGGACGGUGACAAGCUGGUUUGUGUUCAGAAAGGAGAGAAGCAGAACCGAGGCUGGAAACACUGGAUUGAAGGAGACAAACUGCACCUGGAGAUUACAUGUGAAGACCAGGUCUGCCAUCAGGUUUUUAAGAAGAAAAAUUAAGCAGAACGGUUUUCUGUAUAUGUAUGAUGCAUAUGUUUUCUAUAAAACAUGUAUUAAAGUCUAAUACAAUGUAUGUGACAUUCAUAGUCAUCUAUUACUGUAAGACAGUAAAUAAUAAUAAAAAAAAGCUUUUA